UAGACAUGUAUUUGCGGAUCAUUUGCAUGCGGGGCUAUUUCAUCUUACGAGAACCAGAAGCCAAGCAAACACAACAACAAUGUUCGACCUGUCCGGUUGGCUAUACACCAUUUGCCGAAGUCUGCUACAAAGUAUUCACCGAGAAGAAAACGUACACGGACGCGCAGACACACUGCACCAAUGAAGGAGGCCACCUAGCGAUGCCUAAAGACAAAGCAACCAACGACCUACUCGACAGCUUAACAAGCCAAGCGUCCACUGAGGUUAUGACUUACUACUUUGGUUUGACAUUUGUCAAGGAGAAAAACGCGUUUAAAUGGAAUGACGGCAGUGAUCUUGUUGGCUUCGUGGACUGGAUGUUGGGAGAACCAAACAACCAUCUUGGUGGGGACACCAGUUGUGGAGCCUUUUGUCUUGGAUCGUGGUGUGACGUGCCUUGUUCAAGUCUCUGGGGCUUCGUCUGUCAAAUUUCUGCGGUGGACGUGGCCACACAAGUUGACACACCAGGUUUGUGCGUAGCGUUAUUUCAAACACAUACUGAAUUUAGAUGCCAGUCCUGAUGCGAGGGAACAUCUAUCUGUCUGUCUGUCUCUCUAAUUCACACAAAAAAAACUAUCAACAGUUACCAAGAAAAGGCAUGUCUCUCCCUAAAAUUGUUUCUGUCUCUUUCCCCGUAGUCGAGGAUGUUAGCGAGGUUCCUUCCUGCUUGCGCUGAGACGAUUUACAGUGACGGUUGGUUUGUGUACCUAACUAUUGUUGGGAUCAACUAUACUCCUUAUGCUCAGAACUGUUUCUAUUGUUGUCAUAAAGGCAAGUUUCAUACUAAUGCCAUAAUUUCAACAAUGUUUUCUUCAACCGUUCAGGGUGUGGGACAUAUUGCUUUAUCACUCAGAUGGUGCCUGAAUCAAUCCUUCAAGUUUCUACAAGGUGUUUUUGUUGUUUUGUUCUAUCGGAUAUGGACGAUGAAAAUUGCUAAUAGGUCUGUUCCAAGUGAUGUUCAUGGUCUUCCAGGGAUCUUUCAACGAUCUCAUUGGUCAGUAUUUUGUU